CCUCAACUCCUACUCGCUGCACUGAGCAUGUGAUCCGUGCACCUUGUGGGUGUCACCGUGGUGUGGUACCUGGUACCUGCAUAUGUCUCUCCCGUGCAUAGACCCUCCGUGCAUAUGGACCGCCAGAGGCCCGUCGACCGUCGAACCGUCCUUCUGUUGCACACCCGACACACCUCUGUAACACCCACCUCCCUCUCCACGUUUCCAAACAAUUGUUUAAGCUGCACCUCGCCGUCGCGCAUUCCACUGCCGCUGUUAAAGACUUUUCUGUACAUACCCUCUGCUUGAAGUGCCGGAAACCAAGACAUUUCUUCGUCCUUGCUUCAAUAAUCGUGCUUGGUUUCCUUCGUAUCUCCCUAACCUACCAAGGAGACCUCAACCAACAGAGUCGACAACAACAACAAAAGGCGCAGGUAGCCUUCUCCGAAUCUGCUCGCUCACAACCCACACCGCGCAUCUGGACUAUUAGCCUGGAGCGCUGCCGCAUGUUGCAAUAUCCAGAAUAGGAGACCUGAGAGCGCAGGACCAUGGCGGACACCAGCAGGAUGUCAGGCUUCCUGCCGACGAUAAAGUGCUCUAUGUGUGCGCAGGAGAUCGAGAUCUCCAUGAUGGGCGAGCAUGUCUGCGGCCCUGCUGAGCCCACGCCGCCGCUAGAGCCUUCUUCAAAAGGCUAUUCCACAUACUCCCCAUACGAUAGCAAACCUCUCCCGCCGCCCGACAACAGCGGCGCAUAUAAAUCCACCCGUCUACCACCGCCGCGUGUAGACACCAGAGCAGCCAACCGCCCCUUCACCCGCCCCGACCAACUCACCCCCGUCUCAGCCUCCAGCGAGUCCCGCAGCGCCUCCCCCAUGACCCCUAGCGACGGUCUACGCUCGCCCUACCCACGUGCCCUCGGCGCCGCUCGCACACAGAUCAACGACCGCUCCUCCCCCGACUUCCUCGCCACAAACGCCGAUAGCUCGUUCCCGCCCUUCCCGCCGCCGAAAAGCCCGUACCUCGCGAGGCCGCAGCAGUACGCUGAAGCGGACCCGAGAUAUGCGCCGGUGAGCCCGAGGUUGGGCCAGGGCGGCGGGGUGUUGAAGAGGAUGAACACCAUUGCCCCCGGCCCGUUUGAUAUCAAGGGACGUCGAGGCAAGCGUGAGGGUACAGAGGAAGCGGUAGACGAAGAGCCGAAUCAUAUGCGGGCGAAAUCCACCGACGGCCGCGCCCACGGCCGUAGCACCUCGUCGGGGUCUUCCAUGUCCUCGCGCUCACCCCCGCGCUCCGAAAUCCCUCCAAUUCCUAUCCGAACCGAGCGCCCCGGUGGCUAUGGCGGCUUCGGGCCACCACCUUCAUCAUCGUCAUCACUCGAUGCGCCUCCGCCCCUCACACCCACAAACAGGAGCAACACCUUCCCAAAAGCCACGCCAGGCGGAAGCAACUUCGUCGGCCUCCCGAGACGACCAUCCGAGUCCGCGCGCCCUCGUCACCCCUCAACAUCCACCGUCGCAUCCACCACCUUCGACGGCCCAACCUUCGUCCGCACCUCCCCCCCGCGCGACUCGCACACGCGCCUGCCCUCCAUCACACCUCCUCCACCACCCCGUGGAGCUCCGCUAGCACGCCAAGGCAGCGUAGCGGGUAUAAACCUCGACGCCGAGUUCGGUGCACAAAACCCCUUCCACACACCCUCCGUCUCGCAGUCCUCCAGCGACUCGAGCCACUCCCCACGCAGCAAGACGAGCUCGCGCUCCAGCCCACCGUCAUCGGUCGAACCGCCGCGACGAAGGCAGGAGAAGAGCGCUAUGGGCGGUUUUGACGGGUUAAUGCAGGACCUCGAGCAAGCCAUCGCUGAGGUGCCAGUACCGCAGCCACAGCCACAACAACAACCCGCUGUGCAAGACGCGAGAGGAAGGAGGAACCUAGACCCCUCCCUCCUCUCCCCCGAGUUCGCAGACCCAGCAAUCCAAUCCGGACUCCGCUCCCCCGGCCUCCCGCGCGAAAGCAGCAGUGGCAGCCGCUACAACCCGCAACAAGGCCACUCCCCCCGCCGCCCAUCCGCCCCGCGCCUCGAACAACCCAACCCCUCCCUCCGCCACCCCUCGCAACCGCACUCUCCCUCCUUCUCGCCCGCGCGCCGUCCUUCCACCGCAGCAUCCGACACCAUGAACCCCCACACGGGACCACCCGCGCGUCGCCCGUCAACGGCGAAGGGGGCGUGUAAGGCGUGCCAGCUGCCGAUCACGGGGAAGUCGCUGUCGUCGUCUGAUGGGCGGCUGACGGGGCACUAUCACAAAGCGUGUUUUACGUGCACGACGUGCCGGGCGCCGUUUGCGACGGCGUCGUUCUAUGUCCUGGAUGAUGCGCCGUAUUGCGCGCGGGAUUAUCAUAGGUUGAAUGGGAGUUGUUGUGGUGGGUGUGGAGGCGGGAUUGAGGGGCCGUGUUUGGAGACGGCGAAAGGGGGGGGGAUGGGGGGGAGGAAGUUUCAUCCUGGGUGUUUGGUUUGUAGUGAUUGUAGGGGGCCGGUUAGUGAUGGGUAUUUUGAGCUGGGGGGGAGGGUGUAUUGUGAGAGGGAUGCGAUGAGGAGGGCGCAGAUGAGGGCGAGGGGCCGGGGAGGGAGGGGGAGAGGUGGCCCUGGAGGCAUGCUUGGGGUUGGUGGAGGGAUGGGGAGGAUGGAGCGCAGGACGACGAGGUUGAUGAUGAUUUGAGCGGGGAUAGGGUUGUGGUUUUGUGUGUUGUGUGUGGCGUAUACCCCGAUUCUUACUUUUGUUUUCGCAGGUUUUGUGCGGGUGGGUUGGAUGGUUUCGCGGGUUUUGGCCGGUGCUGUUUGGCAUUGCGAGGGGAGAUUAGUUAAUGUGUUUGUGGAUGGAUGGAUGAUGGGAUCUGAAGUACAUAUAAUCAAUAAUCGAUAUGAGGCACGAGGUGCUGGUUGCUACUCACUGCGUUUGUUUCUCACUUUCUCUGAUCAUGGUGAUACUCAUAGUGAAG